CUGCAGUCAAAAUCAGCAGCCAGUGUUUGAUAAAGACAGCUCCUCUUAGAAAGAACUGUCAUCUCCAAACACGUAGAGAGACACUCUCUCUGUCUUUCGAUUACAAUCAUUAUUUCCAGAAUGGAGAAGAUGAUGAUGAUGAUGAAGAUAUUGAUUAUGUUUGCUCUUGGAACGAACUACUGGUCUUGCUCAGGUUUCCCAGUGUACGACUACGAUCCAUCCUCCUUGAGGGACGCCCUCAGUGCCUCUGUGGCAAAAGUGAAUUCCCAGUCACUGAGUGCGUAUCUGUUUCGGGCAUUCAGAAGCUCAUUAAAAAGACUUUCGUGUUGCCAGUUUGCUUCCAUCGAAUUGCUUUCCGGUGAAUUGCUGAAGCGUGCUUCGCAGUGGAGGGCCCCAAACAAUGGACUUCAGUUGAUGGGAGAGGUUGAGGUCCUGGAUGAGAACAGCUUGGUCAUGAAUUUAGAGUUCAGCAUCCGGGAGACUACAUGCAGGAGGGAUUCUGGAGAAGAUCCUGCUACAUGUGCCUUCCAGAGGGACUACUAUGUGCCCACAGCUGUUUGCAGAAGCACCGUGAAGGUAUCUGCCCAGCAGGUGCAGGGCGUGCAUGCUCGCUGCAGCUGGUCCUCCUCCACGUCCGAGUCUUACAGCAGCGAAGAGAUGAUUUUUGGGGACAUGUUGGGAUCUCGUAAAUGGAGAAACAAUUCUCUAUUUGGUCUCAUUCCAGAUGAGUCCACAAGUGAACAAUUUUAUGAUCAGUCACUUGAGAUCAUGAGAAGGGUUUUGCCUCCUGGAAACAGAAGAUACCCAAACCACCAGCACAGAGCAAGAAUAAAUGCUGACUUUGAGUAACAGCCUUGAGGUCCCAGCUCAGUUGUCGCUUCCCUUUGGAGGUCUACGUUGACAUCACAAGCCACCGCCACUGAAUCAGAGAUGAUGUCCCUUUUUGGGCCUCUGUAGAGUCCUCAUCACAGGGCACUGCAAUUGGUUGUUUCCUGUCACCCAUCUGACUACCAGACUCCCCAAGAGGAAGUCUCAAGGAACUUCAACUGCCACUGUCCCCCAGUGCCCUGCACAUAGCCCAGCACACUCAAUAAAUAGCACUCAGUAAAUAUUUUUUAAGCGAAUGAAA